AUGGCGGGCUGUGUGGCCCGGCGGGUCCUGGCUGUGGGCGGCCGCUGGUGGUCCCGGUCGCUGUCCGGGGCCCGGGGCCCAAGGCCGCUCUGUGCGGCGGGUGGACCUAGGGCCUUCCUACCAGCGGCGACCACGACGCGGAGGCACCUCUCGUCCCGAAACCGACCAGAGGGCAAAGUUUUGGAGACAGUUGGUGUGUUUGAGGUGCCAAAACAGAAUGGAAAAUAUGAGACUGGGCAGCUCUUCCUUCAUAGUGUUUUUGGCUACCGUGGUGUUGUCCUGUUUCCCUGGCAGGCCAGACUCUAUGACCGGGAUGUGGCUUCUGCAGCUCCAGAAAAAGCAGAGAAUCCUGCUGGCCACGGCUCUAAGGAAGUAAAAGGCAAAACUCACACUUACUAUCAGGUGCUGAUUGAUGCCCGAGACUGUCCACAUAUAUCUCAGAGAUCUCAGACAGAAGCUGUGACUUUCUUGGCUAACCAUGAUGACAGCCGGGCCCUCUAUGCCAUCCCAGGCCUGGACUAUGUCAGCCAUGAAGACAUCCUCCCCUAUACCUCCACUGAUCAGGUUCCCAUCCAGCACGAGCUCUUUGAAAGAUUUCUUCUCUAUGAUCAGACAAAAGCACCCCCUUUUGUGGCUCGGGAGACACUCAGGGCCUGGCAAGAGAAGAAUCACCCCUGGCUGGAGCUCUCUGAUGUCCAUCGGGAAACAACCGAGAACAUCCGUGUCACUGUUAUCCCCUUCUACAUGGGCAUGAGGGAAGCCCAGAAUUCCCACGUCUACUGGUGGCGCUACUGCAUUCGCUUGGAGAACCUUGACAGUGACGUGGUACAGCUCCGGGAGCGACACUGGAGGAUAUUCAGUCUGUCUGGCACCUUGGAGACAGUGCGAGGCCGAGGGGUGGUGGGCAGGGAACCAGUGUUAUCCAAGGAGCAGCCUGCAUUCCAGUACAGCAGCCACGUCUCCCUGCAAGCUUCCAGUGGGCAUAUGUGGGGGACGUUCCGCUUUGAGAGGCCUGAUGGCUCCCACUUUGAUGUCCGGAUCCCUCCCUUCUCCCUGGAAAGCAAUAAAGAUGAGAAGACACCACCCUCAGGCCUUCACUGGUAG